UUUUUUUAUCUCGGAGGAAUAUUUCCUCAUUUUCUUAGCUUUUUCCUCGCAUUAUUUGGAAAACUUACAUAGAGUUAAAUUACUGCAUUUUGGUGAAUGAAAAUAUGAUCUGCACUUUGUAGUGUAAUAUAAAUAUAGCACAGUGAGGCGUAUGAGAUCAAUUCGGGACAUUCGGGAUUAAUCCGUCGUUCCUGUUGAUUUUUAAAUGUAUAGUUUUGUAGAAUUCUAAAUAGGAAGUUGUUCUACACUGCAUAGACACUGUAUAUAUUCAAAGGAGGAUUUAUAAUGUAAUGAAAAAUUGCAUCUGGAAUGAAUUUAAAAAGGAACGGAAGAUAACCUAACUAAUCCUUGUAUACAAUCUCAGACAAAUAUGAAUAGGCGAAUCUUUAGCAAGAUAUUAACAGACUUUGUGAUCGGCAGAAGAAAAUUGCACGCGACUUCAAGCCUAUCGUGUCUAUUUCAACAGGAUCGAAGGUCUGGUUAUGAAUCAAAGUAUGAUAAACCACCACCGAAGCAAGAUUUAAGCAUUCUUGGUAGAAUGAGCGAAGGAUACCGACAGUUUAAGGAAGAGUUUGGUCUUUUGAUGGAGGAGGUGAGGGAAAAGUUGAGAAACGAUCCUAUUUUCAUAUACAGACAAAACGAAGUUGAUGUUGUCUGGCGAUUUAAGGGCGAUCCGAAGUCGUUGGAUCAGUGGGUUGUCACAUGUGACAGUGAUUACAAUGAAGGUUUUUCAACAGCCAAAUUGGAGAUGUCUUCUACUGGGACUGGGGUAUUUUCGGGCACAUUAAACAACCGUGUACCCCAAGAUGGAAAAGUAAAGUACGCUGGCUAUUGUAAUAUUAACAGUGUACCUAAACGAAGGUCAUUCAAGCGCGAAGUUUAUCACGAUUGGACAGAGUACACCCAUAUCGUCCUUCGCGUUAGAGGAGAUGGCAGAUGCUACGUGCUGAAUAUCAAUACCAGAGGCAUAUUUGACUUGACUUGGAACGACGUGUAUCAUUACGUGUUCCACACCAGAGGCGGACCUUAUUGGCAAUACGUCAGGGUACCAUUCUCCAAGUUCAUAUUUUCAAGUAAAGGCAGGCUGCAGGAUGCGCAGAUCCCGAUCGAGCUGCAUGAGAUUUCGAAUCUCGGCAUAUCGCUGGCGGACGACGUUUCCGGCCACUUCAGACUAGAAAUCGAUUAUAUUGGUUUGGAGUAUGAUGAAUUCCAUAGAGAAGAGUUUGCUUAUGAAUCUUACGAUGUUUCAGAUAUCAAAUUUUAGUAUGUAAGAUAUUAUAACUAUUGUUACCAUCUGUGCAGAGAUGACAUAGCUAUAGCAGUAAAAAAAGAAUAUACAUUGUACAAUAUGUGAAUAAUAAAUUUCAACUUAAUUUAAUUUA